AAAGGCCAGGGAUUGAAUCUCUUCGAGAGGUUACGGAUCAGCAAACAGGACAAGAUUGCGGCCAAUGUUCAGCAACACAUCAGAGCUAUUCGGGCCGCAGAGGCUCUCGACCGACAGACUGGUCCCCAUCGGCGCAAAAACAGCUCAAAACUGGUUCCGCAAAGAAGUACGAGCAGUGGUGAAGAGGAGGGUCUGGGAGCGGACGCCCGUAAGAUGCGUUUGGUAGCGAUGUUACGCCAGGCGUACGGCAAUGACAUCGAAAGAGUGCCCGGAUUUAUAGAGUUCGCCGAAUCGGCGAAAGUGGAGUCGCGGCGAACAUAUGUGGACGCGUCCGCCCAGACGUCCUAUGAUUUGCUCGAGACUUGGUUUCCGGCGCUUAGGAAACGCAUCGCAGAGACAGAGAAAGUGAACAAUAAUAUCGCCGCCGACGAGGAAGACAUGCCAUCUGUGGUCAAAACGAACCAAAAGUUCAUUCACUCUAAAUAUAAUCACUUAAACCAACAAAAACAUUUGGGUACGAGUUGU